AUGACUUGCAAAAGCUUGAAAACCAUAUGGCAACAUUGCCCAAUUACAGCUUUGUCCUAUAUUUCAAAAAGCUUGCUGGCUGUAGGCUCUGCGAACAUAUUGAGCAUAUAUAACUUACGCGAAAAAUCAGUGCUUUGUAAAUAUUUGUUGAAGCGUAUCGUCAUAAUACACAAAAUAGAGACAGUACUAGAUUACAAACGUAACAACUGUAUUUUGUGUGUUUGUGGGAAUAGAUUUAUCUCUGUCUUCAAAUUCGAUCUGUUGUCUUCUGACUUGUUGUUAAUAUUCGAGGAUUAUUAUUGUGAUAAUGUUAUACACUGUACAGUUAAUUCAAAUGAUUCCUCGCUUCAUCUACAAACUCUUUCCAGUCAUGGUUUAUUUAAAGUUAUUACUUUGUCAUGGGAUAUUAAUCAAAAUGAAAACAAUGUCGAUAGUACUUCUGUGUACCUUGAAACAAGUGUCUGUUAUACAGGUCAUAUAGUUCAGUAUUCAUCUUUAGCCUCAUUAUUACCUUCAUCAGUCGGCAAAACUUUGGUAUUUUGCGGAUCUACCUUCGGGAAUAUUCACAUUUUCAAAAUCCCGAACGAUAAUGUUCCACAAUCUUCUCUGGCUCCGAGCUUAAGCUUGUGUGUGCAAAAGGGUGUGAUAUUUUCUGUUGAUUUGUGUUGUUUAGCUAGUGAUCACUCAUCGUCUAAAAAGUCAUUCCGUUUGGUUUCAUGUGCUGAAGAUCGAAGCAUUGCUAUCUGGUCGUCUUCAGUCGAAUCAGAUGGAGAUAUGAAGGGUUUUAACCUGUGGGAAUUAAUAUACUAUUUAAAGGCAGGCAGCAUUCUCGACGGUAAUAUAGUAUUUGAAUCUAGGAUAUGGUGUGUUCGUAUCGGUUACUGGGGAAUAGUAGCCACUGGAGAGGAUUGUCGUGUUGUCUAUUAUCAGUGGGACAAAAUGUCACAACCUACUGUUAUGCGAAAUAUUCAUCUUGGGCAAAAUAUUUGGUGUUGUUGUGUUUGGAGCGAAAGUACGGAGAACUCUGCAUCUUUUUUAUUGGCUACUGGUGGGAACGAUGGUGCUAUAUGUGUUCGUGAACUUAGAAACUACCAUAAUAAUGGUCAGGAAUCUGAAUAUAUGAUACUACCAUGCCAUGAAACUUCAACAAAUAACGCUAAAGAGUUGAUGGCAGGUUCACAUAAGGAGAAAAUAAUGUCUUCUUUACAUCCUCGGAAGGUUUCUAUUAACUUCAAAGAGAAAGACUUUGCACGUGUUCUAUUUUUUGGUUCAUGUGGUCGUCUAUUCUGCAUAACAAACCUAGGGCUUAUUUAUACAUAUUUCUAUGUAAAUGACCCAACUGUUCGACAAGUAUAUCCCGAAAUUCAUCAGAAUUUUAAAGAUACAAACGGUGUAUUACAGUUUUCAGAAAUUUCCACGAAAUCUACUGAGUCUACAGUCUCUUUUUUGGGCGGCUACAUGACAUGUUGUACAAGUCAAAACCGAUCUUACGCAGUAAUCGGAAACAUAUCUGGUUAUCUUUUACUCGUCAAGAUGCUUAGAGACUCACCUUUUAUGGAAUGGUUAGAUAUCAUUAAUAUAAAUAAUAAAAUUAUGAAAAUUGUUUGGAUUAAUUCAUCGUACCUAAUAGUUGGACUACCAAACGGUGAUUCUUUAGUUAUACCUUUAUUAAAAGUUGGAAAUAUAAUUUUAUUUAGUAAACUAUUCAUUACUAUUCAAGGAUCAAAUAGUUCAAAAAAUAUGAAAUGGUUAAAUACAGCAUCUGAACUUAUUCCUGUUCAGUUGAACAAUACUGAAAGCAUUGAUGAACAAAUUCUUGUAACUGGUACUCGUGAUGGUGGAAUUUAUUCUUACAUUGUUAAUUUUUUAAAUGAAAGCAUUAAAGUCUAUUCACCAGUAUGGUUUUCAAAGUCAUCUCAUAAACGUGGUGGAUGUACAUCAAUGCUUUUAAUCAAGGGGAAAUCAGAUUAUCAACUUUUAUCAUGUGGUCGAACGUAUGGUGAUGUUAAAUAUUGGUCCAUUCAAUCAAAUGGUUCAUUAAAUCUAUUGGCAACAAUUUUAAGAUCUGAUCAUAUGACAUGGAUUGAGAAAUUAUAUAGGUCAAUCGAUGACAGGAUUUAUGCUUUAGGAUUUCAAUCUAAGUAUUUCAAAGCUAUCUCAUUAAAUCAUAAAUGUUUACAAGCAGAUAAUCAGUUGGAUUGGUCGUUUAUCUGUCCAAUACGUCAGGAUGGUUGUUUUGUUGUUGAUUGUGGUGGUGGUAAUCAUUAUUGGGAUUGGUUUUUACCCAGUUGUACUGUAGAAACAAAUAAACUUACUAGUUGCGAUGAUUACGGUCAUAGUCACAAUCCUAACAUUGUUGUCGAUAAUGAUGAAUCUAUCGAAACGGAGAUCAGUUCAUUAUGUCCUGUCUUUGCAAGUAUCAAUCGAGGCAAAGUUGUCAUUCAAUCAGACUUGCACAGUUGUAUAUUAUCAUGUAAUGUAAAUAAUUCCGAACCUGUUUAUUUAAAUUCAUCUCUUCAUGGUCAAACAAUUAACACUUGUUUAUUACUCAAUAAAUAUGAUUUGUUCGGUGGUCAGAAUUAUUCUAAAAGUGAUUCAAAUGAUGAACAAACUGAAUUAUAUUGUUUUGCUGGAGGAGAAGAUACUUUGAUAUCGAGUUGGAAGAUAUCAUUGCCAGUGAUGAGAACUGAUUCACAUAUACAUGAACCAAUUACUGGCUUUCCACAACAUCAUCGUGGUCAUAUAUCAAGUAUUCGUUGUAUAAAUGUACCAUAUAUCCUUAUGAACGAUAUCGAUUCAACACAAGAAACUGUUUCCAAACGUUACAUGUUGAGUGCUGGUGGUCGUGGUCAGAUUUGUUUAUGGCGUUUAGUACCACCAAAUGAACCUGUAGUAGUAGCAAUAGGCUUCUUAGGUUCCAAGAAAAUUCGACAUGAUGAAUACUAUCAAGUUGAUGAUAAUUCUGAUGAUAACGGUGCUGUGAAGCAGGAGGACGGUAGUGAUAAUGAGGAUGAAUUGAAACGUGCUAAAUUUAAAAAUGUGAUUGUAUCAAGUGAUAUCCGUGUAAUGGCUUUGGAAUGUAUUCAUAUUCCUAAACAAGAUGAUCAAUUAGUUGAUAAUAUACUAGUUAUUGCAGGUUGUUCGGAUGGAUAUGUGCGCUUGAUUCACGUUCAACCAUCAUUUAGAAAAAAUACGGAAUAUACAAAAUUCUCAGAAAUCGGUCGAAUCAAUCCAACGAUAUCAUCAACUAGCAAAUCAAACAACCAAAUCAGUUGUUGUUUAGAUUUAAAGCUUUUACAAAUCACUUCCAAUCAAAUUUCUUUUGCUAUUUCGAAUUCUUCUGGAGAAUUACAUGGAUGGACUAUACCAUGGUCUCCUGUAAAGGGUUGUGAUUUAGCUGAUAAUCAGUGUAGCAAUGAGCCAUAUAUUUUUCAUCAAGACAAUAAUAUUGACGAAAUAUUUGAUUUACGUCUAGAUUCCGCCACCCAUUGGAUGUUAAACUGUCAACCGAUUGCACCUUUUUAUAUACAAAACCAAUUGGCUUUCAAUUGCAUAGCUUCGUUAAUGAUGGAAGUUACUUUGCUUAGCAGUAAUACAAUGUCAACAGUGAUUGUAGUCGGUGGGGAUGAUGGUAGUAUUCGUAUCGCACAGGUGCCUGUAAAUAUCGAUCAGUCAUCAUCAUUGGCUUAUGUAACAUAUCCUCGAUGGUCUGCUUCGUGUGUAAGACACUUCAGUAGUGUAGUGAAAAUUGUCACAUGUCCUAAUUUGAAAUCGACUAGUGAGCCUAUGUAUUAUUUCUUAAGUUUAGCAUCGGAUCAACGUUUAGUCCUAUGGUGUUUAACUGAAACGUCAUCAUGUAAUUUUCAAUUAAAUCCAUUGAAAUCUAUUCUGUUAUGCGGUUUAGGUGAACCGCAUAGUUUAUCUGUAACCAAUGUAAAUUAUCAAUCUUUAUGUGUUAAUACAAAAGAGCAUAAAAACAAAUGUUUUGUACUUAUUGUUGGCACUGGUGUUCAAUUGAUUGAAGUUUUUUUCUAA